AUGAACUCUGUUGAGAAACGUGUCGGUAUAUCAUCUCUGUGUUUUUCUAUCCAGAAUUUUAGUGCUGUUAUUCCUAAGUCGUGUGUGAUAUUAGAAUAUAAAGAUUCUACGUCAAAUGAGGCUAACAUAGAUGACUGCACCCCGAACCCUUGUCAAAAUGGUGGUACAUGUGCUGAUGGCGUUAACACGCACACAUGUACAUGUGUAGACGGCUAUGAUGGAGCUAACUGCGAGAAUAAUAUAGAUGACUGCGAUCCAAACCCUUGUCAAAAUGGCGGUACCUGUGCCGAUGGCGUCAACUCGCACACCUGUACUUGUGUAGAUGGCUAUGAUGGAGCUAACUGCGAGAAUAACAUAGAUGACUGCACUCCGAACCCUUGUCAAAAUGGUGGUACAUGUGCUGAUGGCGUUAACACGCACACAUGUACAUGUGUAGACGGCUAUGAUGGAGCUAACUGCGAGAAUAAUAUAGAUGACUGCGAUCCAAACCCUUGUCAAAAUGGUGGUACCUGUGCCGAUGGCGUCAACACGCACACCUGUACUUGUGUAGAUGGCUAUGAUGGCGCUAACUGCGAGAAUAAUAUAGAUGACUGCGAUCCAAACCCUUGUCAAAAUGGUGGUACCUGUGCCGAUGGCGUCAACACGCACACCUGUACUUGUGUAGAUGGCUAUGAUGGCGCUAACUGCGAGAAUAACAUAGAUGACUGCACCCCGAACCCUUGUCAAAAUGGUGGUACAUGUGCUGAUGGCAUUAACACGCACACAUGUACAUGUGUAGACGGCUAUGAUGGAGCUAACUGCGAGAAUAAUAUAGAUGACUGCGAUCCAAACCCUUGUCAAAAUGACGGUGCCUGUGCCGAUGGCGUCAACUCGCACACCUGUACUUGUGUAGAUGGCUAUGAUGGAGUUAACUGCGAGAAUAACAUAGAUGACUGCACUCCGAACCCUUGUCAAAAUGGUGGUACAUGUGCUGAUGGCGUUAACACGCACACAUGUACAUGUGUAGACGGCUAUGAUGGAGACAACUGCGAGAAUAAUAUAGAUGACUGCGAUCCAAACCCUUGUCAAAAUGGUGGUACCUGUGCCGAUGGCGUGAACACGCACACUUGUACUUGUGUAGAUGGCUAUGAUGGAGCUAACUGCGAGAAUAAUAUAGAUGACUGCGAUCCAAACCCUUGUCAAAAUGGUGGUACCUGUGCCGAUGGCGUCAACACGCACACCUGUACUUGUGUAGAUGGCUAUGAUGGCGCUAACUGCGAGAAUAACAUAGAUGACUGCACUCCGAACCCUUGUCAAAAUGGUGGUACAUGUGCUGAUGGCGUUAACACGCACACAUGUACAUGUGUAGACGGCUAUGAUGGAGAUAACUGCGAGAAUAAUAUAGAUGACUGCGAUCCAAACCCUUGUCAAAAUGGUGGUACCUGUGCCGAUGGCGACAACUCGCACACCUGUACUUGUGUAGAUGGCUAUGAUGGAGCUAACUGCGACAACAACAUAGAUGACUGCACUCCGAACCCUUGUCAAAAUGGUGGUACAUGUGCUGAUGGCGUUAACACGCACACAUGUACAUGUGUAGACGGCUAUGAUGGAUCUAACUGCGAGAAUAAUAUAGAUGACUGCGAUCCAAACCCUUGUCAAAAUGGUGGUACCUGUGCCGAUGGCGUCAACACGCACACCUGUACUUGUGUAGAUGGCUAUGAUGGAGCUAACUGCGAGAAUAACAUGAUGAAUGCACCCGAACCUUGUCAAAAUGGUGGUACAUGUGCUGAUGGCGUUAACACGCACACAUGUACAUGUGUAGACGGCUAUGAUGGAGCUAACUGCGAGAAUAAUAUAGAUGACUGCGAUCCAAACCCUUGUCAAAAUGGUGGUACCUGUGCCGAUGGCGUCAACACGCACACCUGUACUUGUGUAGAUGGCUAUGAUGGCGCUAACUGCGAGAAUAAUAUAGAUGACUGCGAUCCAAACCCUUGUCAAAAUGGCGGUACCUGUGCCGAUGGCGUCAACUCGCACACCUGUACUUGUGUAGAUGGCUAUGAUGGAGCUAAAUGCGAGAAUA